AUGGCCCAAACCGUUGACACGACCAAGCCCCCUACCCAAGGAGGCGUCUGGAACAACGACGGCCGCGAGCUUAAACUCCUCGAGUUCAUCUACAGCCAGCCCAACCUCGAUGCCAUCCAAGGCCACCCGCAGAAAGUCCUCGAUCUAAUCGACGAAUUCGGAAAGCAAUACCUGUUCAUGAACGUCGGUUCCGAAAAGGGCAAGGUCGUCACCGGCCUAAUUGAUGAGAUCAAACCGCAUACCAUGAUCGAAUUGGGCUGCUACGUGGGUUACUCGGCCAUUUUAUUCGGAGAUGCUGUGCGUCGGAAUGGCGGAAAGCGAUACCUGAGUCUGGAAUUGAACCCCGUUUUCGCUGCUAUCGCGAAUAUGUUGGUCGAUCUGGCCGGGUUGCGCGAUUUCGUUCGCAUCAUCGUCGGUCGCAGCGACGCAUCACUGCACAAGCUCUACACCACCGGCGAAGUAAACCACAUCGAACUCAUGUUCAUCGACCACUACAAGCCCGGCUACACCACUGACCUCAAACUAUGCGAGCAUCUCGGCAUGGUAUCCCCCGGAUCCGUCCUGGCCGCCGAUAACGUCAUUUAUCCCGGAAACCCGCCGUAUCUGGAGUACGUGCGGAGCACGGUCGAGCAGAAGCGGGAGGUGGCGAAGAAGAGUUCCGCGGGGGGUUAUGACAAGAGGGGUAUUUCGGAGUGGACUUCGCAGGCGUUUGUGGGCAAGGAUGACAAGCCAUUGUUUGAUGUGGUCGGGAACCCGAAUUUGGUGUAUCAGAGUACGCUGAACCAGCCGGAGGGGUUGGGGGAUGCUGUUGAGGUGACCCGGUGUGUGGGAGAGGACAAGGAUUAG